AUGACGAGCGCGUCGACGUCGUCCAAUCACUCGCUCCCGGCGCUGUGGCGACACGCGAUGAAGAAGUGGGGACGUUGGCAGGGCUACGCGUGGAGCACGGUGGUCGUCGCGGGCGCCGCCGCGUACGCGAUGUCGCUCGUCGUCGACGCGGGGGGCGAGAAAAGCAAAGUGAAGCGCGACGCAGACGGUGGCGACGCGAGUCGUGGCGAACGUAGACGUAGAUAG